AUGUUAGCCGCCAUCGCUCUCCACUAUUCCCACCGUCCCUCCCACAGGACUCCCCCGGGUCAGAGGUCGACUUUAAGUCCUUAAAACCCAUGCAGGCUGAAUUAUAAAACUCCCCGAACAUGUCAUAAACAGACCAUAGUCUCAACAGAAAACACAAACAAGCGCUCCCCCGAGUUUAACUCAACCGCACUGACCACUAAGUUUUAUCGGCGACAAUUCAAAGUGUUUCACUGCUGACAGGAUGUCUUUAUAAGGUCGAUAAUGAGAUAAUACAGCAACACUGUAAACCAUCUUUUCAGGCAUUGUUGUUGUUGGUGGUGUGGGUUAUUAAUACUCAGAUCAGCAGCACAUGUUGCACAAACUGUUCUCCAUAUUUUCUGUCGGUUUUGACACGUUCGGUUCGAGGUGGACCUCCGAGCAGAACACACUUUUUCAGAAACAUAUGCGGCCUAAACACAUGUGUUGAACACAUGCUGCAUCAGAAAAUAACACAUGCAUGUGCAUUGUUCUUCAAAUAUGAAUCUGGUGGACAAAAAAAAAAUAGAGUGUUUGAUCAGAGGCAGAAGAAGGACAAUAGUCGGUGUAAUGACAGGCUGAAAAUCUUUAUUCCCAUGACCUCACACACAGGUCAGAGCGUUUCUGUGUGCGACAACAUCCAUGUCAAGAGGAGAAAGAGAGAAAACGGACAGAAAACAAGCUACUGCACUGUGACUAACGGCACGAUCUGAAUACAUUUACUCAAGACGAAGGAAUUUGAGUGAACUCAAGUGACAUGCAAAGGGAAUACUUUAUGAAAGAGAAUCUAUUCCUGUUUGAUGGCAGGGACGCUCAGAAAAAGGAACAGAUCAGUUUAUAUGGAGCCUGACAUCCUCCGUGUUCAGCACCAAAGCUGCAGAAAAACUCACAUCAGCUCAGCUCCUGUUAGUUCGCAUUGAAAUCCACUGGAAAUAAAAGUGACGCCUCGUUAUGACCGACAAAAACUAACCAGAGCAUCAGCAGCAGCACUGGCGGUUUAGGUGCAGGAAGAUAAAUUCAUUUGACGGACAAAAGACUGAGGCCUUGUCCAUCACAAAUAUCUGUGUGAACACGAAACCACUGAAUAUGACUAAAAACAAUGUAGUACACAUGCCAAACCAGCGAGUGGCGCUGUAACGCUGCCAAGAAAUGCAUCAAAAGACAGAAGAAGAAUACAGAACAUGCAUAUAAGGAUUUAAAGAAUAUAGAGAUAUAAGAAGACGUCACACUACGGCAAGUCCACUCGGACAAACUACAUUGCGCUCCAUUUAAUAAGUCAAAUGUGCUCAGUUAGAAGCCCAUCGUGGUUUUAUUUAUUUCCGUUUGUUUGUUCAAUUGACCUCGAAAUUUUCUCUCCAUAUAAUACAGAGAAUUACAACUUACUGUCCUGUCAUUUUCAGAUGGUUUUAAUUAAAUAUGUCAACUUUUCCAAAGGAAAAAGACAAAAAAAAAUCUACGCAGGAUCUCCAUUUAUCAAUAGAUAGUUUUGCUUUUAUUCCACGUUUUCUAAAAGAGGCGGUAGUCCGGCUGUCGUAAAUCCCCUUUGAUAAGUUGCGAUAGAUUGUUUUGUAAAAUUCGUCCAUGUUUUCUCCAAAGAACUAAAAUCCCAUGGAACCUAAUCUGGUGAAAACCGCUUCCAUUAUGUCAAGACUGACCACAAUCUUCUACGUUAUUGGAAACCAACUUCCAGCCAAUCAUAUUGUGUGACGUCAUCAAUAGGUGCCGGGUCCCGAGCCAAUCUAGCGGCCAGAACACAUCGGGUACCUACACAGGCGCCUUAAGAGAGUUACGCUGUCUGUGAUGUAAUCGUGUCAAGAAAGUCGCGAAUAGGCGUUUACUUUGAGAUGAAAUGGUCGUCGCAUCAUAAUGUUAACAGUCACCUGAAAUGCCGAUACGACAACAAACUAAUGCGUUUACUCCUGAAUUUGUUUGCGUGUGGGCGGGGCCUCAGAGGUUACAUUAAAAGAGAGCUGACAGACACAGAGGGCACUCAAGAGGUACUGCUGCAGGGGGCGCCAAAGCAACACAAACAAAAAGUUCCUCAUAGCAGCUUUAAGUAAACUCUUGCAUUGUUCUUCAUUUUUCAUUUUUAUCAUCAAGCUAAUUCGCUAAGUAGAAAUAUUCUCAGUAUUUAGAGAGUCUGUCCCAGUGACCUGUCAGCUGUGUCUGCAGAUUAAAAUUAAAAUGAGCUUCAUAACUGUUUCACAGUGAGUCAUCAAACAUGUUUUCAGCAGAGUAAGAGUCUAUUUGAGGUUCGUAGUGACUUUUUUUAGCAUGUGGAAAGCAUUGGCUUAGCUGCUGCCCCUCCAUCUCUGGUGGGAGAAAGAGUCACAGGCAACACAGUCUUCCCAUCACUUUGGCCUGCAGUCAUCUCUGCAGGGAGGAAAACAACAAUCCUCAUUCCCAUGAACGACCCAUGACAAAAAAGUCACUGUAUGACAAUCAAUGCAUGAGCUAACAGGCUAAAUAUGAUGAGCACAGACGCAGAUACCUGCUAUUCAGAAUUAUUAUGAUUUCAACUCAGUUUAAAGGUGGGGUAGUCAGGAUCUGAGGAAGUUCCAGUUUUUAGGAGAAAUCUUCAAUGUAAACUCUACCCCUCCCAACCAGUUUUUCCCUCAGCUCCUCCUCUCCCCUCCCUCUCUGCUCCAACAAGCCCCGCCCCCCUCGUUUAUGUUGACCUGGCUUUUAAGCGGUCUACCUCCGUUUUAAGCGCCCGUUAUUCCUCCAGAGUCUCCGGUAUUUACUUUGUUUUCUUGCUUGUGUCGGCAGUCGUGGCCAAAGGAGGAUUCAGACCAUUUUCCGAACUUUCUGGUUGGUUUCUACUGUCCGAUAUUGUAGCACGCUAACUUUGUUUGGGCUCCUGAACGACACGGGGAAGCAGCGUCUGCCUCACAACCAAUCAGGUCAGGGAGGCGAAGAACGGCUUUGUUUACAGUCAGAAAUUUUAAAAUGUUGACUCCACAGACAUAACAAAACACAUCAAUAUCGUGAUAUUCCCAAAUGUCAUCAAUAACUAAUAUCUAUUGAUUGAUAUUAAAAGCUUUUUUGUUUAACCACCAAAAAAAGAUGCUUCUUUAACAGAAUCCUGUCUACUCCACCUUUAAUGGCUUCAACUCCGCACAGGACCAGGAUCAGCACCAAAUCAGCUGAGGAGACAGCUAGCAGCUCCUACCUGUCAAUCAAAGAGGCCACGCCCCUAAUUGUGCAUCACUUUAUGAGCGGGUGAGUCAUAUUGAAGUUCACUUUUUUACUGACAUGAACAGAUAAAUUAGCUUCAAUCUACAGUUGGACCUUUUCUCAUGGGGCUCUAUGAAGGAUUGGCCCAAUUUAGAGCCAGCCUCUAGUGGACAUAAGAGGAACUGCAGUCUUUUGGCGCUUCACUGACUUGUACAGCUGCUGAAAUCCAUUAAAAGUCCUCAGAGAUGCUAAAUCAGAGAGACUUUAAAAGUGAGUCUCAAACUGAUGCAAAUGAUCAACAGACUGCAGACUCUCUUUAAUCUGCAGAUUAUUAUUCCCUCAGUUUAACAUGAUCUAAUAACCGAACAGCAGCUUCAUUUAAAAUUUAUUGUUUUAUUCAUUCAGUUCAAGUUUUGUUUGAUGUUGAAUGUCUAAGAAAUUCACCACAAACUGAGUUAAACUAAUUUAGUGUGGAGUCUCAUAAAUCAGGAUAUCUGCUCGAAUGUUUUUAAUAUUUCCAGUUAAGAUGUUUCAUGUUCAUGUUUGGUUUUAAUUUGUAAAACAGAGACUGAUUUAUUAGAGGGAAAAAAACACAGUCUGAACAGAAACAGUGCUGCAGUUUGUAAAAUAAUAAUAAAAACUCUUCGAAUAAAAACAAACUAUCCCAGGAGGAGUGUCUAAAAAUAUGAUAAUGAUAUAAAAUUCACCCAGAGCUCACCUAUCCCUGAUUGUGGCUGUAUGAUGAUGAUAAAUUUCCUGCAGGUAACCCAGACUCCACCCUACCUGGCGUCUGUCUGUCUCCGUCCUCCGCCUGUCCUCUUUAUCAUCAUCUGGCCGCUGGAUUAACAAUCAGCGCAGAUUAUAGCCGUAAUAAGCUCCAAAACACAGGUUCAAGGGUCCGCUGCUGCUCCGCGGACCAGCCUGCACUCCUCAGAGGAUCGAGUUUUCAUUGAUACUGCUCUGCUAUUACUGCUAAAGAAAGCUCAAUUAAUCCUCUCUGUGGAGGAGUGUCAGGACUGCUUAUUAUUUCAACUCAUGAUGCAAAGGAGACGGGGCUUUUUUUUUUUUAUCCAAUACAUCCACUGAAAAUCACUCCAACUCAACAUAUAGGCCAACAGAAACUGAAUUUACACCCCUAAAUAGUUUUUAUUAAUCAUUUCGUGUCUUUUUUCUUCAGAUAUGCCAAAAAAAUGUAGAAAUUAAGAUGUUUUUGAGCCAUUAAUUAGAGCCAAAAACAUGAUCCGUGUGGAAAUGUAUAAAAAGUUGAUUUUCCAGUGUGAGAAAAACUGUCAAAUCUCAUUAAAACAACGACCUGACUGAUCGCCUCUGAUACCAAACUCAUCUCUCCUGUUAUUUUAAUCAAUAAGUCCUCUCUGUCGUGCGCCACUCCGGCUGAUUUGGAGACAUUAGGUGCGUAAUGAUUGACUUCCAAACAUCCAACAUCAAACGCCGGAGAACAAUGUCGGCCUGGCUGCUGUCUCUGCCUGCGCGGCUCUAAUUCUCCAUAACAAAAGUACAAAGGCCGAGACGGAGACCAAAGGCUUUAUCCCUAAACACCUUUAACACCUCUCCGGGCCGCGGCGCCGCGCCGGGCCGACGCGCUCACCGCGGCCCCGUCUGCAGCGCCGGAGAGAGGGGAGAGGAGCAGCCCCGGGACACAGAGGAGGAGGAGGGAGAGGAGGAGGUGGGGGUGCUGGGGGGACAAAAACACCUCAUCUUCCUCCUGACUGUCUGAGCAGACCUGGUGAAGAGUGUGUGUGUGUUUGAGUGUGAGUGUGAGAAAAGUUUCUGCAGCAUCUUCAGCGGCCUUCCUGCCUGCGGAGGGGGGACACUUCAUCUCCAGAAGAGCCGGGAGACAACAGAGAGAGAGCAGGACAGAGGAUUUACAGCGUGGACCUCUCACAGAAAACAGCCUGAUGCGUAAGUUCAUCUAAAACUUUUUCAGUUCAUAGAGUUUACUUUAACUUUUUUAUUCAGAGUGAAACAGAAACUGGAGUCACUGUAAAUUUACAAAAACUAAUCUGAUGGGAUUAUAAAUGGAUAAUGAAGAUAAUGGAUAAACUGAGUAUAUAUGAGAUUAAGUGUUUAGUUUUGUUGUCACUGACUUUGGCUCCUCUGAUGUUACUGCAUAAGAUGAAAAUCACAAAAAUAUCACUGAGAAAAUCUGCGUAAAAACUCUGGAUUUGGCAUUAAAUUGAUUUUAAACAUUAAAUUAAGAUGAAAAUAAUCCCACUCCUGAUAAUUAAUCAAUUAUAAAAACAGUAAAUUCUUCUUUAUUAGCUCAGUUAAAUGGGAACUUCCAUUACAGUCUCAUAUUUUUGUGGAGUUCCUUCAUAAUAAAAGUUUCUGAAAUCAUUAUUAUGACAUUUACUUUUACACUGAAAUGUCAGAAAAUAUCAGAAAAAUCUGGAAAGUUUUGGUUGUAAAGAUCUCAUAAAGUUCAAACUUUGACCAGUUUUUUAAUUGGUGGUGAAUAAAGAUAAUUAAACUUAUAAUCUCUGCAGUUAAAAUGAAGAUUUAGAGUCUAAAUUUCUGAUAUUUAUGUUUUAUUUUUAGAUGGAUUAACCCUUUAACAGCUCGGUUUCCAUAUUUAGACUCUUAAUUUGUUAAAGUUUUUAAUUAAUCAUUAAACUUUAUUAAUUUUGUGUUGAAUCAAUGAAUAAAACACACUUUGUUACUGGAAGAUAAAACUCGUCUAAAACCGUCCCACGCGCCCUGGUCGUGAUCUCGUGCCCUCUGUUUUCCUCAGUUGCAGACGGCAGACAGACUCCGGUGGCAGCCUCCGCCAUCGCGCACGCUGCGGACGCGGAGCGGCAGACGGAGCCGUGCACGCGCAGCGCCCUGCUCGACCACAGCCGGCGGCACCGGACCGCCUUCACGCGCGAGCAGCUGUCCCGGCUCGAGCAGGAGUACGGCAAGGAGAGCUACGUGUCGAGACCCCGGCGCUGCGAGCUGGCCACCGCGCUCAACCUCCCGGAGACCACCAUCAAGGUAGAGGGGUGAAAGCUGCGGCCAGGGGGGCGAGAAAGGGCCGUGAUGAUUAACAACAAGGGUCAAACUGAUUUAUGAAUAUUUAAUUCAUCCUUUAACCCUUAAAACUAUUUUUGGUCCACCUGGUUUUUGUUGUAAAAAUCCAUGUAGCACCUCGAUCUUUUCAAUCACAGCAAAUAUAAACACAUCUUUUUUUUUCAGGACAACCUCAGCUGUCAGAUUAUGGAGCAAAAAUGAUGUAAAUGAAUGUGACAGUAGAUUCAGAACCAUCAAAGUCAACCAAAAAACAAAAACAGAAAUUGAUCCCAACAGAACUUUGCUCAAAAACCACAUAAAUCUACAGUGACCAAGCCUUUUCUCACCUGCACAUCAUUCUCUCAAGUCUUGUCUAUCAGGAGAAGAGAUAUUGGGAUUGGAACAAACACACAACAGAAACUAUUGACAUAUUUACACUCAUUCUUCCAGGUGUUUUUUUUACUAUUUACAGUUGUUUCUGCCACUCCUGGGAUGAGACAGAGGACCACAUCAUACUGCUCAGAAUCUCUUCUUCGCUUGUUUCCAAACAUUGAGGACCAUUAUUUCUGAUUUUGCAGACAAGCAGGGAACCUUCUUGUCUCUUACUGGACACUACCGACAAAGGAACAAUAGAAGAAGAAUAUGAGACUAUGUAAUUGGUCGAAAGUUCGACAGAAAUAGACGUCAUCAAAACAUCUGGAAGACAUUAGCAGCAUUUAGCAAUAACGAUCUUUUUUUUUAUCGCAACAACCUGAUCAAUAAUCCUGUUUUCACCGUAUAUCACUGCAGAUUUACCAUCAAAUGUCUCUGAUCAAACACCUGUUUUUGGGGCUGGAUUGUAAACCUUAUAACAGGUGUAGAAAUGUCUGGAAACCCUCGAUAGAUCGCCAAAAGGGUAAACUUUUGAACACUUUUUAUCCCGUAGAGAUAGACGGUAUAGUUCCUGAGAAACUGUCGACAGUAUUAAUGGUGUCACGUGUUCUCAGUGUUAAAGUCCUCCAUUUUUACAGGUGAAACCACACCUCUGGCACCAACCCAACUCUUUCAGUCAAGACUAUUUUUAAGUAAAAAAAAAAAUCAUCCCUAGAGAAGCUGAGUGAUCUCAGAGUAAUCCCCAAACAGGACUGAUCAAAUCCGUCUUCCUACAUGAGCACACUGUCCAAUCUCUUACACUUAGAACUUCACUGGAUUGCUGCGGCUCCACUCUCUGGGCUCUAUUUUGGUGCCUCGCCGGAGACGUGCCGCAAGUGCAGCGUCAGUCAGAUCCGCCGCGCUGACAAGGCGUUCCCAAGCACAUUUUGGUAUUUUGGUGAGCCGCGCAGCCCGGCGUAAGUAUCCCCCCUCCCUAACUCAGCUCCUCCCAGCACCAUAAGUCGUAACGGGGAGGAGAAAGGGCGUGAAGUCGGUUUAACACAGCCGAGACCUGUUUUCACCAAUCACAUAGGCUCCUCUCCUUGCCUUUAAAUCCGCCACAGGCGAGGCGUAUUACUAUUUUCAUGAAGUAGUCAAAGAGAUCAAGAGAUGUCUUAAGACAGUAAUGCCACAAGAUGGCGACAGAGGGCAGCUCCUCAACAAGUGUCCUCCACACUCUCUCAUAUGAGCACAGAUGGAUUUGGUGUGCGUAAUAUUGGACCCACUGGUAAGACAAACACCCUUUUCCACAAAUAAAGACACUCACAUAAAGUUGCUCAUAUUCAAACCUCACGUAACAAAGGUGGGUUGAGCGCACAGAUCACAACAUAAACUCCAAAAAUGGCAUUAAAAUCGGAACCAUCUGUGCGUAAAUGACGCAUCGCGCUCCGUGGCCUGGCUCUUUCUUUCAUAGAUGUUGGCAUAUAAAAUAAAUUUGGCUCACAAAACUGAAUAUUAUAAUAUCUGUAUGUCGGCUUAAAGUAGAUCACGCAUCUGAGCACUGAAACAAAUCAUCUGUUCAGCUGCAGCAGCAGCAAGACGGACAGAGGACACGGAGGCGUGUCCAGGUCGAGCUGUGCGAGAAAUAAGAGGAAGAGGAAGAAAGAAAAGGAGGGAGACGAAUUACAUAUCUUGUUAACUUCAUCAUGUGUGUUUAUUUACUAGAUAUUUAAUUUAAUUUUAUGCGGUUUCAGCUGUGUUGAUUCGGUCAGGUUGUGUGUCCAAACGCGUGCCAAACGCGCUCAUCAGAUCACAUAUAGAUCAGAAUAUAUCGAUAUAGAUCUAAAUGUAUGUGCUGACUCAGAUUAAUAGUUGAUGAUGAUUAUGUAUUGCACUGAAAUGUGCCUGACACUGUGGAAACCUGCCGGUGAGGCAUCAGUGACGUAUGUCGAUACGCCGCCGGUCUACCAAAAUACUACUAGACCAGCUGCGUUCCGCCUUGCGCUGAAAGCUGACCAGGUUUGAAUCGGCGAGCUUUCAGCGCACUUUACACGCCGUUGGCGAGCACGAAAAUGUCACUGCGCCAGCUGAUUCUGUCGACACCUCCCCCUGCCACACCACCACGCCCAGCUUGGCGGAUCUCGGCUCGCCUCCGUGCGGCUCAUGCCACGAAAAUACCAAAUUGGCCUUACGCUGGGCUCCGCCAGACGAAAAUACAACUGCGCGGGGCUCGCCGCCCUCCGCCGCCUCACCGGCGCGAACGAAAAUAGAGCCCUUUGUAUCUCUAUGGAAUGAAAAGUCUUCAGAAGUUUACCCUUUAGUCGAUCUAUCGAGGGUUUCCAGACAUUUCUACACCUGCCACAAGGUUUACAAUCCAGCCACAAAAACAGGUUUUGAUCAGAGACGUUCGAUGGUAAAUCCGCAGUGAUAUAACGGUGAAAACAGGAUUAUUUAUCAUACUGUUUUGAUAGAAAAAAGGAUCGCUAUUGCUAAACGCCACUAGUGUCUAAUGUCUUUUUCUGUCAAACUUUCGGCCAAUUACAUGGUCUCAUAUUCUUCUUCUAUUGUUGCCUUGACAGUAGUAUCCAAUAAGAGGCAAGAAAGUUCCCUGCUUGUCUGCAGAAUCAGAAAUAAUGGUCCUCAAUGUUUGGAAACAAGCAAAGAAGAGAUUGUGAGCAGUCUGAUGUGGUCCUCUGUCUCAUCCCAGACAGGAACUGCUUCAAGGAGUGGCAAAAACAACUGUAAAUAGUAAAAAACGUCUGGAAGAAUGAGUGUAAAUAUGUCAAUAGUUUCUGAUGUGUGUUUGUUCCAAUCCCAAUAUUUCUUCUCCUGAUAGACAAGACUUGAGAGGAUGAUGUUCAGGUGAGAAAAGGCUUGGUCACUGUAGAUUUAUGUUUUUUGGAGCAAAGUUCUGUUGGGAUCAAUUUCAGUUUCUGUUUUUUGGUUGACUUUGAUGGUUCUGAAUCUACUGUCAUAUUUAUUUUAAAGAAUUUUUGCUCCAUAAACUGACAGCUAAAUAAAAAAAAGUCUUUAUAUUUGCUGUGAUUGAAAGGAUCGAGGUGAUACAGAGAGUUUUACAACAACAACAACAAAAAAACAGGCGGACCAAAAAUAUCAAAAUAUAUCUGGGAGCUCUGAGGGUUAAACAUGUUUUUAUUUUCCCUCAGUGUCGGUGUUCUCCGAAUAUUUCCGAGCCUUUUUCCUCCAAUCACACGUCUGACACACACUGAAAACCUCUAACCUAGCGGGUCAAACAGGAAGUGAGAAAUCAGAGACCGCCACUCACCUAAACGUCAACACCUCUGACAUUUCAUCUGGUUCCUCUGAACUCAGUCAGAGUGCCGGAUUGAGUAGUGACAGCUUUAGCAGCUCGAACAUUUGCCGCAGAGGCCCGCUGGCGCAGUGCAGCAGCUUUAAUACGCAGUAAAUGCGCCCACCUUUCUGCCAACUACAGCAGGCUCUUUUAUGGCGAGGGAGGAAUGCGAGGCGAGGCCUCGUAAACGCCACCACCUGACGUUUUAGAAGCUCAGCCUUCCGGGAGAUUCUCUGAACUGGUGGAGUUUGGGAAUAGACGGGCAGACACAAAGGUAGCUCUGGUGACUGAUCCACAUGUAAUCCAGCCCAGAGAUUAACAACAUUUUUCAGUAGUUUGGCGGGAGCUCGGUCACAGUCAUAGAUGCACACUCAGUUAGAUCACUCUCUGCUGCUCUGGCGUGUCUACACUCUAAGAUAUGUCAAGAUAGUUUAAUUUACAACUUACCGCAAUAUCAUAGUUUCUUUAACAUUACAAGCCAAAUUAUGACUGAUGAUCAACUUUUGAAACCUUGUUGUUUCAACUUCAUAUUUCAAGCUAAAUCAAAUUAUUGUAAAUUGAUAGUAAAGGUAAAGCUCCUUCUAAUUUGUAGUUUUAGCUCUUAAUUUUAAGUUAAGUUCAACUAAAGGAGACACUUUUAUAUCACAAGUUUGGAUGAUUUCAGUUUCUAAUUUGUUUCAACUUUGCGAGUUAUUUCUGUGAUAAUUCUAAAACUCAGAAGGAAUUCUUACAUAUCCUACUUUCCUAAUGUACAUUUAUUAUUGAAAUCAGUGUUAAACAUACUUCACAUUUGUGCUUUUAAUAAUUUUGUUAUUCUCAGCAGAACAGUAAACAUUUUGUGCGCUGGAAACCAGCUACAAACAUCCACACGAGUUAAACACGAUACAAACUACCAGAGCACCAGUUUCAGUCGGUAUACCAACAAAAACGGCAAAUUCUUCCAACUGUUGAAUAAGAGGUUGAGUUAAACAAACUCUAAAUAUGUUUCUAACCGCCAACUUCCACCGCAUCCGGAACGGCUAUGAAAAGGUUGUAUCCUCCGAUCGUAGCUGAUCGUAACCAUUCAAGUUAACGUGUCAAUUUACACCGACUUCUUUCCGUUCUGAUCGCCGUACUCCUCAGCUGAUCACAAGAGUUCUAUUUUUUUCCAGAUGCCAGAGCAUGGCGGAUAAAUUCAGCACAGAUUAACCCGUGCUGGAAAGGAAGUCGGGCACAGACACAAAAUAAAACAUCCGGCUUCUUUUCAAAAUAAAACACUCCGUGUUUCAGGAGGAUCGUAUUUCACACCAUGCAAACGGGCGGAGACGAACAAGUGAAAGGUUUUAGACGUCAUUUCACCCCGAUGACACCAUGGAUGAGGAGAUGCUGAUUCUAGAAGUCUAGAAGUAGAUUUCCUCCUCUGGAAGGACACAAUCUACUGCUUAUAUGGUUAGUCUAUGUGGCUAAAGACAACUUGUUAUCGCACGAUUGCAAGUGAAUCCACGGGUUCUUGUGCGCCGCCGUUCCGGAUGUGGUGGCGAUUGGGAUCAGUGUUGCUCAGCGUCUGCAGACUGUUCUGUGGUUAGACGGAUUAAAAACGUCACUCAGCUGAUUAUGAACACGAUAUUUACCCGCGCUCUGAUCUGGAUAACGGAGUAAAAAUCUGAUGUUGCCUGUUUUAGGAGUUGAACCCAUGUUUCUCAAAACUGCCUUUUGUCUUCUGUGUUCCCUUCUUCCUUAUUUCCUUCCUUCCUUCCUUCCUUCUCUGCAGGUGUGGUUCCAGAACCGGAGGAUGAAGGACAAACGUCAGAGACACUCCCUGCCGUGGCCCCACCCCCUCGUCGACCCUCUGGGGGCGCUGCUAAUCAGCCGCGCCUCACCUUCCUCCACCUUGCCUUACCCCUUCCUCCCUCCUCACCUCCCCCACCUCCCUCUCCACCAUCACUACCCCCUGGCUCUCUCCUCACCCACCUCCGCCGCCGCCCACGGUCGCUACAGCGCCCCCAUGAGGACCCUGGAUGCGCUGCGCCUCUCCCAGUACCACCACAGAGCCGGAGCGCUGCCUCCGCCCGCAGCGGCCCCCUACCCUUCCAGCAGCAUCAUGCACCACCCUGCUUCGUGCCCCUGCCCGCUCUGCCUGCACUGGGGAUCGGAACAGCUGCUCAAAGCCAGAGGGGAGGCGCUGGGACUGAACCAAGACCACAGUCCCAAAACCAGGACCCAGCCCGCCAGUCUGGAGCGGAGGGAGGAGAUGGUGUAG